GUAAAAGUAAACAUGAUUCGAAAUCCACUUCCUUCAUUUUUUUCAGAGUGUAUCGUGUUUUGGCGCUCUUCGUUCGAACGAAUGCGUUCAAACCACUGACAGAACUGACUGAACAAUAAGACAUCCGUCUGCUUUGUUCCAAGUAACUUUGUUGCCAACUGUUAUCAAUCAUAACCACUAAAAUUCGGAUGGACUUCAUAAUAAAGAGAUUGUCUUUCAAACUAAACGGAUGCAGGUUUUUGUUAUUUUUUGUCCAAAAUCACACCCAGCAUAAUGAUCGAGGUUGGCAAUAUUGUAGUGUAGGGGAGAAGCAAGAAGAAAUUGGAAAGAAGAAGAAAGGGUUAAAAGGCACCGGCCAAGGAGAAGGGGGCACGAUGUAAUGAAUGAAUGAAUGAAUGACAGUUCUCUCCUUCAAUUUGUGCUACUGUGUCAACUUGCCACAUUUGUCAACGUCGCUAUGGCAGGAGUGCUUCAGCUUCACUCCGACGAGCUAAGAGGAUUGCUGAGGAUUGCUGAGCGUCACGGGCGGGGUAGCAGUUCAGUAGCACUGGGGGAACAGUAGGAGACCUGGGUUGCCGCUGCUGCUCCCAGUCGUCCUGCUCCCAGUCGUCCUGCUGUCUGUCCAGGUGAAGGGCUUCGGUGGAACAAGUAUUUCUCUGGAUGUGGACCCUUGUUGGCUGUUCUUACUUUCUGUGGUGAGCUGGCUGUAGGGCGUUGCCUGCUCGCUACGUGGCUUGUCUGUCCCUUCAGGACGCCCCCCGGACACGCUCGCGUACCUGCCUGCUGCCACUGCAGAGCCAGUCUGAUGCGCCUUCAGCGUGGCGUGGGGCCAUGGGGCCCAGGCCUCACGCCUAGGACGAGCUGUGCGUGGAGAGGUGGGCCCUUCAGGGCGGUGGGCGCGCCCCCUCGGGCAAAUAUCACUGCGGUUCAAGUUUUUGAAAAGAACUCCACGAGGCGACGUGUCCGGUGCGACGCGAGAUCCGCCGAGCCCCGGCCAGCGGGCCGUUUGCGCUUUACUUGUGUCUUACGGGAAUCUUGUUCGGCACGACGCUCAAAGCCUUUCAGUUCCAGGCACACCAACUCCAGGAAGCACCGGACGUGGCUACGCACGCGGGCCACCAGGGGCAUCAGGUCACAGGUCACCGUCACCACCACCGUGGGACUUGCCACCGUAGCCCAAGCAGCAUCACAGGACUCUUCGGCCAGGACACUGCCGGGCGCCGAGGACAACUGCGUCGCCGGGGUGCUACACGCCCCUUCGCGGCCGCCCCUGCUCCGCGCGCCCCGCCCCGCCGCGCUCUCUGCCGCGGGUUUGGGGGCGCCCUGUGAGAACUCUCCGCCUGUACCCUCCGGGUAGGCCCUGUCGCGUACAGAGCGAGGGUUGCCGUCGAAGGCUGCCCCUCCGCGCCGACCAUCUCCGGGGCUAAAGCGUUGGGCUGCGGACCAUCCUCUCCGGUAGAGGCAGAGCGGGACGGAGGCUGCACUUGCCGGGGGCUGGCGCGGGGCUCGACGGUCCCCGGGCACCCUGCAGGACCAACGGAGGAGCGCCAGGUCGCGCAGGACAUCACCAUCACCGCCACCACAACCACAACCACAACCACCACCCGAGCAGUGCUGCAGACGCAGGACGCUUUCGAUCAGCGCGCAUGGGACGCGGCGCUCAAGCUAACACGGUUCGCCGCCUCCGGGCGCCUGUUCUAGGCCCGGGUAACUGUCCAGAGGAGGCAGCGGACACCGAGGUGGACACGGUGCGCGGCCACAGAUCCGUCGUACCGGGCGUGGCUACGCGGGCCACCAGGAUCACCACGUCGCGCGUCUCCAUCACCAGCCACAGCCACCGUCAGCGUCGCAACCACCGUGGGACUUCCCUCACCAUAGCCGGAGGAGCGCCCCAGGACACUCGCGAGCGCAGAGGACAAGACUGCGUUGUUGGGGCGCGUUUUACCGCCGGACACGGUUCGCCGCUGCGAGGCGCCCGGUCCAGGCUCUGGCAUAGUCUGAAUACUGCAGCAGAACUGCGAGCGCACGGCCGAAACCCACAAGACGAGACUGCCACUACGCCGCCGCGUCGAGGAAAGACGGCCUGCUCCAACAUUUAGCCUACCUUGUUUAUAUUCUACCUGUCUGUAAAAAGAUUUGAAUAAAGAUGUUUUUCGAA